AUGACCCUCGCCGCCUACAAAGAGAAGAUGAAGGAACUCCCACUGGUGUCCUUGUUCUGCUCCUGUUUCCUGGCAGACCCCCUGAAUAAGUCAUCCUAUAAAUAUGAAGGCUGGUGUGGGAGAGAGUGUAGGAGAAAAGAUGAAAGCCAGCGGAGAGACAGUACUGACUGGAGAGAAAGAAGAGAGCAGGCAGACACGGUGGACCUGAACUGGUGUGUCAUUUCCGACAUGGAAGUCAUCGAGCUGAACAAAUGCACCUCUGGCCAGUCCUUUGAAGUCAUCCUGAAGCCCCCCUCCUUUGAUGGGGUGCCCGAGUUCAAUGCCUCCCUCCCCAGGAGGCGAGACCCAUCGCUGGAAGAAAUCCAGAAGAAACUGGAAGCGGCUGAGGAGCGAAGGAAGUACCAGGAAGCUGAGCUUCUGAAGCACCUGGCAGAGAAGCGAGAACAUGAGCGGGAGGUGAUCCAAAAAGCCAUUGAGGAAAACAACAACUUCAUCAAGAUGGCAAAGGAGAAACUGGCUCAGAAGAUGGAGUCCAAUAAGGAGAACCGGGAGGCCCACCUUGCCGCCAUGUUGGAACGGCUGCAAGAGAAGGACAAGCACGCGGAGGAGGUGCGGAAAAACAAAGAGCUGAAGGAGGAGGCCUCCCGGUAA